UUGAUCUGCUGAGUGGACUAAAGAUGGGGGAGCAAGGUGGUUGGCUGGAGGAUGACAGAGGAGACUGGGCGGCCAGCUUGGAUUCCCAGACCCAGACCAGUGCAGCCAAGGGUCCAGGGGACAACAUCACUGAUCAGGCCAGGACCAGAGGCGACAUAGUGGAGGUCAGUGGAUGGGACAGCGUCCUCAACUCUGGGCUGGGGAACAACACUGUUAACCACUACCAGAAACAGACAGUCGAACACAAAACAACAACCAAACUUAGUCUCCAUGACAACAGACUGGCUAAGACCAGGGCAAGGCGUAGAUUUGGUCUGCGGGGACGGGGACGUGUCCGUAUGCGGCGGGAGAGAACAGACACAGACUCGGCUAGCGAUGCUCCGUCCUGCUCCUGUAGUUGUGAUUCAGAGAGACUGAUGGCGCCUCAGGUUAACCCCCUAACAGAUGCUGCGUUCAGCCUGCCUUCUAUAGGAUCUAUCAACUGGAACAUGGACCCUGCGACAACACAGACACUCGCUGGCCUUCAUCCUCCUCACACUCUCCUAAUGUUAAACCAGACCUCAGACAAUGCUAGUGCCUCAACACUAAAUGGCUACACAAACCCAUUAACAAAUGACAGUAGUAGAGACGAAAUCUGUAAAGAUGGCAGCGCCAAAGAUAAGCACUUCCCAUGUUAGUUCUGUGGGAAAGCUUUCAGUUUUCCAAAACAGGUGGAGAGCCACCAGAGGAUGCACAGGGGGAAGAAGCUGUUCAGCUGCCACCUAUGCCGGGGCAGUUUCUCCCACUCAUCCAUUCUGAAGAGGCAUCAGAGGGUCCACACGGGAGAAACCCUACAGCUGCCCCGGUUCUCCUGCCAGCACGAGCUGAAGAUGCACCUGAAGGUCCCCACGGGAGACAGGCCGUUCCUGUACGCACUGCGGGAAGAGGUUCUCAGAGAGGAGCUACCUCAGGAUACACCAGCAGAAA